AUGGAAGAAUCUUUGAUUCAAGAUGAGCCAAUUGAAAGGAGCAUAAAAAUAGUUAUAGAUUCUAUUGAAAACAUUACUGUGAAAGAAAAAACUGGCAUAUCGUUUAUCGUGAUACAUAAUGACAUAGUGCUCGGAGAAAGUAUUCCUCUCAUUAUCGAUCCGGAUUUUAAAGAACCACCGCAAGUUUACGACGUCAACUUCGGGGUCGAAUUUUUAUUUAUAGUUAACGACCGCAACAACAUGAAUUCAAUCGUAUCCACGCCGAUUUUAAUAAAGGUAACGAGUGAUGUCCAAGAUCAACAUGUACCUAAUUCCAGCAGAUCAGUUAUGGAAUCCAAGCAGAAAAUAACAGCGAUCGUUCCACAGCAAAUAUCGACUUCAUCAAGCGUAAUUGGUUUUUGCACUCUCGAUUUAAUGCCGAUAUUGCUAGGUGAAAAACUGCUCGUUGAAAGAUUAAUAGUGCAAACGCCACAUCUUUCGUUUGAUGGCAAUGCGAUCUCGUGGCAAAAUCUUCCUUUGUUAAAUGCGACAGUAAUAUACGACGGUGAGGAGAUAUUUUCUGAGCAAGCAGAAAUUAAUUUCCUGAGUGUUACGGUGGAAAGUAUCUACAAUCCACCAAUUUUUUUUACCGAAGAUGCAGAUUAUAAAGCGGGCACGAUAAUAUAUGUUGACAAUGAGCUUCCGGAAAAUGUAAAAUUCGAAGACGGUAAAUGGACAAAAUAUCGCGAUCUGGAGAGAAUAAAACGAUGGCGAAACUUAUCAAAGUUACAGAGUCGCGCCAGAUUGUCGAAGUGGAAACUCGAUUACGAUUACGCACAUAAAAACAUAAAAAACAUGCUUGACGUAGAACUCGACUUACAGAAGAAAGUAUGUCAGGACGAGCCUAGAAUCGAGUGGAACUUUAUGAAUCGCAGUAUAUUGUGGGAUGUGGGAAGCGAAAUGAUGAAGAAGCGUCUUGUCAAGUAUAAAUAUUGGCCAUUUCAAUUUAUGGUAAGCAAAAAAAUCGCGGAAAAGAGCAAUAUUAAACAAAACGGAGAAGAAUUGAGUGAAUGUCAACUUUUUCAAUGUUACGUCGAUUUAUCAGAGCUUGUUUUUCCAGGAAUAAAAAGCACUCGUGUAAUUGCGCAAUUGUACACGCAUGAUGCAUCGAGUAUAGCCGAGAAGACUGGUUUAGAAAAAGAUAUUUUCUAUACAGAACCUCGGAGUAUAAAUUUAAAAGAACAAGAAUCAGAGAAGAUGGAUAUCAAAAUAACGGAAAGUAGCCCGUUAAUUUCGGAGACUGGCGAGCCUGUGUUUGUCAUAAUCGAGUUCAAGCUUUUUUAUCCACUUGUCCCUUGUAGACUUGAAAGUGACUUUUCAGACAUAAUCGAGGAGAUGAUGAAAUUACAGCCGAAAAUAACUAAGUCGCAUUACGUUUAUUCUCUCGAUUUAGCGGAGGAGCAAUAUGCAACUUGUAUUCGGAAAAUAGUCGAGAUUAUAACGGAAAGUUACAGGAAUUUUCGUGACGAAAAAAAACGAGAAAAGUCAUCAGUAUUAAAAGAACAGGAAGACAAUUCUGAAAAGGUGGACAAAACGAAGUACUGUUUCGCUCCUGAAGAGGAUGAGCUAACUUGUUUCACGCAAUAUCUGUACAAAACUGGCACGUACUUAGAUGUACGCAGCACUUUGAAGUUGAAAGUGAUCACGUUGCUGGAUCAAAAAUUCAAGAAAACUGCACAAAACAUGAAUACUGUACAAUCCAUUAACAGCCAGAAUUUUAUAGCAACCGUAUACACGUAUCUCGUCGAACAAAUGCAUCAGGCCAUCAACAAGAUCGUUGAAAGCCGCCUCCUUGAGGAUGACGAUUUGCCGCGCACCAUAAUACCUAAAAAAUUAUUUUUCUAUGCUGAAGAGGCUUAUGAAUUAGGUCAUGUAGAUGAUGCAAGACGACAUUAUCAGGCUGCGAUCGCGGCAGAUAGAAAUAAUGCCGAAACGUGGACCAAAUAUGCGAUUUUUCUCUUGAAAAUUAACGAUACGGAGCGCGCAAGGGAGUGUUGUCGCGAAGCGAUUCUUUUGAACAGACGAGAUAAAUUCGCUUUAUUGACAUUCGGAUUGAUUCUCGCGGAAGAUCAGAGUUAUCAAAAAGCAGAAAUCUUUCUGAGAACUGUUACUGAUUUUUAUCCUCAAUUUGUUGAAGGAUGGAUUAUCUUACAUCUUUUUUACACGCGUAUCAAUUACAGCUCAGGAAUAGAUUUUGUGUUACGAAUAGCGGAAGAAAGCGUGAGAAGCGACGAUAAAGAGACGGAGAUUUCAAGCGAAGAUCCUCUUGCUUGGACAAUGAUUCACUGUCCACAGGAUAACGUGUUUAUGAUAACAGCCACACUCCUGCUAAAACUGCAUUUUUGCGAAUUUGCUGACUUAGCGUUGGAGAAAGAAAUGUCUCGAGCAGGCAGAUCCACCCAUGUUUUAUAUUAUUUAGCCGUGCGAUGUUACUUAUCGCAGCAAUACGAAGAAGCUUUAUCGUACUUGAAAGAAGCUGAAAGUAUUUAUGGACUGGAUUACUCUAUAAGUAGUUUAAUGGGACACUGUCAUUUUCAAGAGGGUAAUUUCGCAGAUGCCAUUCAUUGCUACGAGUUCGCCAAUUCAAUGAUCAACAGGCCGGACGAUUUGCAUCUCGUGCAAACCAGAAUGGGAUUGUAUUACGAAAACGCAGGCGAUUACGAGCGUGGGUUAAAAGUAUUUCUCACGGCAUGCAAAACUUCACCCACGGCGGAAACGUGGCUUGGUGCAGGAAUCGCUUUUUUUGAGCUGCAACGAUUCACGGAAGCCGAGGCGGCUUUAUCGGAAGCGAACCAAAUCGAUAAUCGUAACGUGACUAUUUGGAAAUAUCUAUGUCUGUUAAAUAUGUCUUUACAACGUGACGACGAAUUCACUCAGUGUUACGAACAAAUCGCUCAGGACAAUACGGCUUUCUCUCUAGAGAAACGGUCCCUCAAACCGCGGGAUGGAAAAUCGGGAUCGGUCAUGCUCUAGAAACUCUAGAUGCCAUAGACGCUGUAGCAUAUAAAAUUCCCGUGUCUUUGAUUCAGAAAAUUAUUAUAGUUAGCUCAACAAUCGCGA